UCUUUCCUGGUUUAUCGUAUCAAACAACAAAAUAUGACACGGAAGUCCCACCCACACUGGAAAGCGAUACAAACAAACAUGGCGGAACCCGCUUUGGAAUCAUGGAUUAGGAUGGAUUUUCCAACAUUAUUGAAUGAAAUUCUCGCUGAGAAGUUCCGUGAAAAACAUUUACUUGUUUUACAAUCACUGACAAAUGCGUUACGAAUUCAGGAUUACAGAGACCGCAGUGAGGAUGAAGCCUUCAGGAGCCUAAUGAAGAUCCUGUCAAAGCUAUCAGAGGAGAUCCAGGCUGCAGAUGGAGAGGUUGAAGAGCUGAUCCUGCAGUUGACUGCAGCAUGCUUCAGAGCCCAGAGGAAUGGCUGUGUACAGUGUGCACGCAACCAGUCCCUAUUGAGGUCACUUGGUGCUAUUGACCUGUCAAUCAGAAUCCUAGACAUGCUUCAGAAACUGAAGUCUGAGAACACUGACUACGUCUUUGAAGCACUUCGAUGUGGGGUACAGUUCAUUGGAAACCUUGCUGUUGAUAACCAGUUCUGCAAAGAUGACAUUUGGACGCUCAUCUUUCCAGAUCUUCUCUUGGCCCUGCUGUGUGUGGAUGAUGAAAGGGCAGUGGGCUACUCCUCCAUGGUGCUCCACACCUGUCUAGAUGAACACAAGGUGGAGCGACUGGCUCAUCCAGGGAACAUCCACCUGGCCCUGAAGGUCAUGGAGCUGUGUAGGACUCAGUCAGAACUGGACUGGACGGUUUUGAUUGCUACCCAGCACUUCCUCAAGUCCUCAGUGCUCGUUAAGAACAUGUAUGCAGGGAUGAGCCAUCAGGAGAGGGUGACGUUGCUGGAGCUGAUCUCUGCUCAGUUGGGAGAGGAGGACUCUGAGGAUUGUGGGAUCCCCCCCACCGUAGCUACCUUCCUGGCAUCCUGCUUCCAGGAGCGCUGUGGGGCCGUGCUCACACUCGCCUCCGAAUCAGACAAUGAGGAGGCCCUGACUGUGAUCAGCCUGUUAGAUGUUCUCUGUGAGAUGACCUCUGAUCACAAACAGUUCAUGUUCCUGCAGAACCAUCCUGACCUCCUCAAGUCUACCAUUGAUCUCCUGCACCAGGUCCAUGCUCUGGGGAAGACCAGUAAGAAUGUGUUCACUGCAGCUCAGAACUUCUCCUUGGCUCAGGGAGGAGACUGCUCCUCCUCUCCCUCUGUCAGCUUCAAGGCACAUCUCAUCCGUCUCAUAGGAAACCUCUGUCACGGAAACACUGCCAACCAGAACAAGGUUCGGAAACUGGAUGGUCUUCCUCUCAUUAUGGACAACUGCAGUAUUGACAGCAACAAUCCCUUCAUCAGUCAAUGGGCCGUCUUUGCCACUCGGAAUAUUCUAGAACACAACCUGGAGAAUCAGGAGCUGGUGGCAGCUCUAGAACGUCGCGGGGUGGCCGAUGACUCCGCCUUGAGGGCCAUGGGCUUUAGAGUAGAGGAGAGAGAUGGUAACGUGCUGCUCAAACCUUGUUCAAAGGACCCUUAAAGGUGCCCUAAACUCUAAGGACUAUAUUGUGCUGCACCAUAUAGUGCUGCAUUACUUUUUAGUGCACUAUUGUUUUGCUCUGGUAGUGCACUACUUUUUAGCUCUAGCUCUUUUUUUUUCUUCUUUUGGUUAAACUGUGGGAUGGCCUGGACCCAAUGUUCUGCUGAGAUUUGUUAUGGUACAGAACACACAUAGGAUAGGCCCUUAUUUAAAAGUAGGUUUCAUUUGGAGUGUAGAGGUGUUUUUUUUAACACUUUUUGUGUUUCUUAAGUAAAGGGAAAUUAAGGGUUUCUAUGGGUCAAGUGAACUCCUGCUGGUAUCUGUGAUAUAGUGUUGGGGUUUAAUCAUCCAACAAAGGGCUACUCUGUUUCCUGCCCUUUCACCCCUCUGAGGGAGACUCUUAACAUCGGCAGGGGGUGGGCUCUAAUCCCAAAACCAAUCAAUUUUGCGGAAAUCAACAAAAAGCGAGAGAAUGACCGAAACAUUAAGGAACUGGACUGGAAUGUCGAUCUGACUUCAAGCUAGCUUCUGGAAUUCUCACAUUUUAUAGAAACCUCAGGCAUUUUGACUGGAGAAUGUUUUUUCGAUUUCCACACAAAUGAUUUCAAACCAAUUUAAUGGUGCUAACCAAACUAUACAGGGUGCCCCCUCCAUUUCUAAGGAUGUUGCUCAUGGAAUGCAUUUUGAUUGUCUCGCUACAAGCGUUGCACUAUAUCUGCUUUUACCACCCUGUUUUGGCUUUUGGUGAGAAUAACAAUGACACAUAGGACCAUUCCUGUCCUUCAGGUACCGCAUGUUUCUUUAUAACCACAAACCUUAGUUACAUUUUAGAUACAUAUUUGUUACAUGUUCCAACCAACAACACCAGUCGUCAACUUCCUUACACAUUUCAAUAACCUAAUCUAUGUUAUGUGGCAGCUUUGUUUACUGUGUGUGUGUGUGUGUGUAUGUACUAAUGUGGAUGUUUAGCAGCCAGCUAGACAGAGGACAGACGGCCUGAGUGUGAUUGGAACAGUGUGUAGACAGUGAGCCGUUGUGUAAGUGGUAGUAUAUGUGUUUGUAGACAGAGAACAGGUAGUGUGAGUGGCAGUGCGUGUGAAUUAGACCAGAAGUAUUGGCUUGCAGAAUGACCCCCCACUGAAUAAGCUGACUGGUCCUGACACCUCAACAAUGCAUUGCUUUAGUCACCCGGCCCACUCGCCGCUCCGCCCUAUUUACUCGGUCUCUUAUUUUUUUAAUGACAAAAUGUAUUGAAACAAUCGGGUUGACUUUUCCCAAUCCGCUGGGUAUAGUGAGGGGAGCUUAUGAGGUUCCGGUCCCCAGCAUUUCAGACGCCUGACAAAACACGGCCUUUACUUCUGCUCCAGCGGCUGCCUGCAAUGCUUUUCAAACACAGGAAAACACAGAGAGAGCGUCAGGCUGGCUGAAUGAGGUGGCAGUCACAGCCGUCUAUUCAACAACUUCUGGGUCAGGAGUAAACAGCUGUCCAACCGCAGUCAGGACUGAGCGGUGUCAUCAAGAUCAGCCGUUUCACAACUCAAACCUUAACUCUGUCCUCCUGUGCCUCCUGUACUGGUAUUCUUCCAGAAUUAUAUCCGUACUACUCAAGCUCUAUAUAAUGGAUGAUUGUAAAUUUAACUGCUGAAUAAAACUUUUGUGUGACAAA